GUCAAAAGUCUUCAUCUUUAUUAGAGAUGAAUGUUGUUGUCGGGAGAGGAGGAGGUUUUGUCAUGUUUUCCACUUGCUUUUUAUAUGAUUAAUUAAAACGUUUCGUUAUCACAUCUACUCGGUUUCUGAAUCCUGAAGCCACCAGCGGUCCGGAAUCUCUCUCGUUCAGACUUACAUAAAAAGUUGUUUACUUUCCCAUUUUGCGAGAUUCUCAGGAACCUUUUUUGAGUGAGAGUGGUUUUGUCUGAUUCCUGUAAAGCUCAAGCCUUUAGAGAGAGUAGAAGGGAAUUUUAUCGAUCAUGGAUUCAGAUGAUGACAUGCUCGGUGCCCACGAGAUGGGAUCGGGAGAGGAUGAUUUUUACAGCGGUGAUGAUGAUGAUUACAACGAAAGUGAUGGUGAUGAGACCGAUUACGGGUUCGUUGAGGAAGACGUGGAUGAUUCCCUCUUGAUCGCCUCCCAUCGCUCUCAGAUAAAUUAUGUUGUUCUCAAGGAAGAAGAUAUCCGCAGGCUUCAGAUGGAUGAUAUUGGAAGAGUUUCAAUGGUACUAUCCAUAACCGAGGCCGAAGCGAGCAUUUUGCUUCUUCACUAUCACUGGAGUGUAAGUAAAGUACAUGAUGAAUGGUUUGCGGAUGAGGAGAGAGUUCGGAAAGCUGUUGGCAUAUUGGAGAGACCUCUUGUUUCAACCCCUGACGGCGGAGAAAUUACAUGUGGAAUAUGCUUUGAAUCAUUUAUUCCUGAAGAAAUUGUAUCGCUUUCUUGUGGUCAUCCUUUCUGCUCUACCUGCUGGACUGGUUAUACCAGUACAACCAUCAAUGAUGGCCCAGGAUGCUUGAUGCUAAAGUGUCCCGAGCCUUCUUGUCCUGCUGCUGUUGGUCAAGAUAUGUUUGAAAAAUUCGCUUCCAAGGAAGACAGAGAGAAGUACUAUAAAUAUUUCCUUAGGUCAUAUGUUGAAGACAACAGAAAGAUGAAAUGGUGUCCUGCCCCAGGGUGCGAGCAUGCAAUUGAGUUUGCUGCCGGGACUAGCAAUUAUGAUGUUUCCUGCUUGUGUUCACGGAGCUUUUGCUGGAAUUGCACUGAAGAGGCUCACCGUCCUGUGGAUUGUCACACAGUAGCACAAUGGAUACGUAAGAACAGCGCUGAAUCUGAAAAUAUGAACUGGAUACUUGCAAAUUCAAAGCCUUGCCCCAAGUGUAAGCGGCCAAUUGAAAAGAAUCAUGGAUGCAUGCACAUGACAUGCACACCCCCUUGUAAAUAUGAGUUUUGUUGGCUUUGCCUUAAUGCGUGGACAGCUCACGGGGAAAGAACUGGUGGUUUUUAUGCCUGCAAUCGGUAUGAGUCGGCUAAGCAAGAAGGACUAUAUGAUGAGGCUGAAAAGAGGAGAGAGAUGGCAAAAAAUUCGCUCGAGAGAUACACUCAUUAUUAUGAACGCUGGGCAAGCAAUCAGACGUCGAGGCAAAAAGCUUUGGAGGAUCUGGAGAAAACUCGAUUGGAAAAGCUCGAGAAGCUUAGUGACAUACAGUGCACUCCGGAAUCUCAGCUGAAGUUCAUCACAGAGGCGUGGCUUCAGAUAAUUGAAUGCAGACGGGUACUGAAAUGGACAUAUGCAUAUGGGUACUAUCUACCUGAUCACGAUAAGAAACAAUUUUUCGAGUAUUUGCAAGGGGAAGCUGAGUCAGGUUUGGAGAGGCUCCACAAAUGCGUAGAGAAGGAACUGGAGGAUUUUAUAACUGCUGAAGGCCCUUCCGAUGACUUCAAUCAUUUCCGGACAAAGCUAACUGGUUUGACCAGCAUAACGAAAACCUACUUUGAAAAUCUGGUGAAAGCUCUGGAGAAUGGACUUGCUGAUGUGGAUACUAGUACGCAAGGGGCUAGCAGCAAAUCAACAAGCUCUAAAUCUAGCAAGACAAAAGGAGGCGUUGUGAAGGGUAAAGGAAGCUCCAAAAAUGCCGGGUCCAGCAGAAACUCUGAUGGAAACUGAGAUCUCUCUCCUCAGGUUUUGAGAUUACAAUCGCUCUGCCUCAUUAAGGAAUCUAUUGACUUGGAAGUAAAAAAAGAAAGACCUUUUAAAGAGUUAAUUGAGCAAAACUGGAGAAAGGUUUGCAGUAUUUUUACAGUAGCCUCUACUGAGGCACACAAUUGCACGCACAAGUGAAGUGUCUUUCUCUGUCUUAUGCCGGAUAAGAGUUUGUAAUAUUUGUAUAGUAUAAUAGAAUAUUCACAUGGUUACUUUGACUUUUUGAUUUGUCUUGCUCUACUAAUGCAACGUCUAUGAACACCAAAUGGAGUCUCUUUUGUCUGAA